UUUACCCUUGGACGGAUCGGAGAGCACAAUGUUGUCAUUGCUUCUUUGCCGUUUGGAGAGUACGGGACAGCUUCAGCAGCAACGGUCGCCAACGAUAUGUCACACAACUUCCCCAACAUCAGGUUUCGUCUGAUGGUCGGUAUUGGAGGCGGCGCGCCCAACAACAAGCACGAUAUCCGCUUAGGAGAUGUUGUGGUCAGCGCUCCUUGCAAUGGACAUAGCGGUGUCAUGCAAUAUGACUUCGGCAAGACGGUUCAAGGCCAGCCGUUUCAACCGACGAGGUAUCUGGACCAGCCACCGAUGGUCCUCAGAACCGCCAUGAGUGGCCUGGCAGCGCAAUACGAACACAGAGGCCAUCGCAUUGAAGACGAUUCGUUGAUUGUGCGGCCACCUCGACCUCCAAGCCAGAGACUCGUUAUCCACUAUGGACUCGUUGCGUCUUCCAACCAGUUGAUGAAAGACGCGAUAGUCCGCGACCACCUGUCUUCACAGUAUAACAUACUGUGCUUCGAGAUGGAAGCGGGCGGCCUCAUGAAUCAAUUUCCCUGCCUGGUCAUCCGAGGGAUAUGCGACUAUUCCGACUCACACAAGAACAAAGCAUGGCAGGGCUAUGCUGCAAUGACGGCGGCGGCAUAUGCAAAAGAUCUCAUCAAGAGGGUCUCCCCGCCCAACUCCAGCGCUGGGCAGGGCACAAACAACACGAGCUUGUCCACCCAACUCCAGGCCACCCAGGACAGAUCGUACACAUUCAGCAGCGAAGAAAGAUGCCAAUUGCUGAAGUCGCUGCGCUUUGAUCAAAUCGACGCUCGCCAGAUGACCAUCAAGAAAGCUCAUGUUAAGACAUGCCAAUGGCUGCUGCAAAGGCCCGAAUAUCUUGAUUGGCUGGAUCCAGCAAAGUUCCAAGAGCACCACGGAUUCCUAUGGAUCAAAGGCAAACCAGGAACUGGAAAAUCGACGCUGAUGAAGUUCGCUCUUCGAAAUGCUCAGAGGAAAAGGGGAGGGAAGAUCAUCAUUCACUUCUUCUUCAAUGCGCGGGGAGAGGACUUGGAAAAGUCUACGGUGGGAAUGUAUCGAUCACUUCUCUCACAGCUCCUCGAGAGAAUUCCAUCUCUCCUAGAUACUCUCGAAGUACCAGGAUCCAUAGCGCGAUCUGGCGAGGAUCACCACUGGAACACGGAGAUAUUGACUGAUUUGCUCGAACAAGCCGUCCAGAAUCUUGAAGGGUUCAACGUUUUGUGCUUCAUCGAUGCCUUGGAUGAAUGUGAAGAAGACCAUGUUCGCGACAUGAUCAGGUUUUUCGAAACUGUGGGCGAGUCCAUUACAGCUGGGACUUUCCGCGUUUGCUUUUCAAGCCGCCAUUAUCCGCAUAUCACAAUCUCGAAAGGCUUGGGUCUUGUUCUCGAAAGCCAAGAAGGGCAUACCCAAGACAUCACCAGUUAUAUUGACAGCGAGCUCAUGAUUGGAAGAGAAGCUCUUGCGACACAGCUUCGCACCGAACUCCGAGAAAAAGCAGGGGGGAUUUUCAUGUGGGUUGUCCUUGUCGUCGGUAUUCUAAACAAGGAAUACGACAGCGGGAGAGUCAAGGACUUACGGAAAAGGUUGCAAGAGAUUCCAGGAGAUCUCCAUGAGCUCUUUCGCAACAUUUUGACGCGCGAUAGUCAAAACACCAAUCAGCUCCUUCUUUGCGUUCAAUGGGUACUUUUCGCGAAACAGCCUUUGGAGCCACAAGAGCUGUACUUUGCCCUGCUUUCCAACGAGAUGUAUCGAUGGAACACCGAAGAAAUCACGCUGGCUGAUAUGGGGAGAUUCAUACUGGAUUCAUCGAAAGGACUUGCCGAAACGACCAACUCCAAAACUCCAACGGUGCAGUUCAUCCAUGAAUCAGUCAAGGACUACCUACUCAAAGAAGAUGGUCUGAAGCAGAUUUGGUCCGAUCUCGGGGCAAAUUAUGUCGGGGAAAGUCACAACAAACUCAAACGAUGUUGUCUGGACUAUAUCACCCUCGGCAAACGGGCUUAUGGCGACGCCAUGGAUCUCACACUCAAGGCUUCAUCCUCGGAAGCAAAAGCACAACGCAAAGCUGCGAAUGGUUCCUUUCCAUUUCUGCAAUAUGCUGUGAAGAACAUUUGGCACCAUGCAAAUGAAGCACAAGCGGGCAAUGUUGAUCAAGCCGAAUUUCUCAGGACCUUCCAGCUCUCUGACUGGGUGAGACUUGACAACUUCUUUGCAAAACACGACACCAGACGACACAGAGAGACUGUCAGCAUUGUCUAUAUCUUGGCUGAAAAUGACGCGGCACAUCUGACCAAACUUUAUCCAGCCCGCUCGUUCGUCGCCGAGGAAAGUGACCAAUAUGGGCUACCGAUAUUUGCGGCGUUCGCCACCGAUAGCAGGGAAGCUGUCCGAGCAAUGCUCGAUGCUUACGUGGAGACGGAGCCUUCAUUUCGUGGCGUUGCCCAGUAUUUUCACCGUAAUGAGGCCGAGCAAAGUGGUAUCGUGGCUGAUGUAAAAGACAAGAAUGGCAGGACACCCUUAUCUCACGCAGCAGAGCAGAACAUGGACUGCGAAGUCCAACUGCUGCUCGGCAAAGGCGCAAAGGUUGACACAGAAGAUCAACAAGGCAGAACGCCAUUAUCAUAUGCAUCGCAGAAGGGAGGCGAGAAGACAGUCAAACGUCUUCUGAAGAGCCAUGCAUCUGUCGAUGCACGCGAUCGUCACGGCAGAACGCCGCUGUCAUAUGCCUCGAAAUAUGGUCAUGCGGGCGUCGUCGGCUUGUUACUUGACACAUGUGCAGAAGUUGAUGCGAAAAAUGAGCACGGCAAGACACCCUUAUCAUACGCAUCAAUUGCUGGGCACACGGCAAUAGCCAAA